AUGGAGGUCGGGUUCGGAACACAAUACAAUAACCAAAACCGGGCAUUCCUGCAAGCGAUGCUUGCAAGGAGUUCCAUGACUUUUCGCGAAUCGCGCCCGGUCAUUGCCGCCAUCCUUAACGCUGAAAACGAAGGCAACCAAGUGAGGCCAGAACAAGUUACGGAAGAAAUACUCGAAAAAUUCAUGGGCACAGCUCGAGAAGCUGCGUCCUUGUUCGAUUACGAAAUACGAAGAACCCAACACCAGACUACCAGGGAACGUGUCUACGCCUUUGUCAAUACUGCCUCUGACCCGCAGACCCAGCUUGCGACAACGUUUCGGCAUGACGAGCUUGCCUUUGUCAAGCGAGCUCUGGAAGCCAUGUUCGACAAAUACAACACACCACGAAUGGAGGUCAUGGCCCUCACCGACAUGCAGGCUGUCAAGCUCGCCAGACCAAAUCGACGAGAGAGCACCAUCCAUCGAAGCGAUGACGAGCCUACACAAUCGCAGGCCAACAUCGACAAGGGCCUGAAGCACAGCGAAGUGGAGAUAGUGCUGGAGAACCUUAUUGGCGGCGGAUGGUUUGAAAAGAGCCGAGAGGGCUUUUACUCGCUGACGCCUCGGGCGCUGCUCGAGCUGAGGCCGUGGCUGGUUGGCACAUUCAAUGACCCGGACGCAGAGGCAGGCGAGUGGCAGCGGAUAAAGUUUUGCGAAGCGUGCAAAGAUAUUGUGACGGUGGGAGGGCGGUGCGCAGAACCUGACUGCAAUUUUCGCAUUCACGACAUCUGCGAGGACGCCUUCUGGCGCAUGAAACGCAGUAAGACGUGUACGAGAUGCUCAAGGGAGUGGACAGGAGACCUGUACGUGGGCGAGCGAGCAGUGACAUCUACACAAGCGUACCAGAGAGGCCGGCGGCAAAGUGGUGGUAGAAGAGGUGACCUGGCAGACGAGGUGGUACGGCAGGCCGGGGCUGGGUAUGAGACGGACGACCAGGAGCAAUGA